CCACCCCUUCAAGAAGGGCCGCUUCUCCCGGAACCGAAGCACCAGGAAAGCAGUUUCCUGGAGGGACCCGUUAGAGAAACGGACCUGCUAAGAUGGCGGCUCCCACAGAAGAGAGAAUUGCGGCGGAGGAUUUUAAGAAGCCGAUUUUGCCCCCGCCGUUGCCUCUUUCUCUCGCGCGAGGAAAGGCAGCUGAGGGGGAGGCUCCUAAGCGCCCCCACGGCCCUGAGGUGGGCCCCUGUCCCCCUGUCCUUCCAGAGUAUCAGGAGCCGCCGUGGGGAGGUUGCCCCUCCGAAGAGGAUUCCUCCGGCUACAGCCUGGAGACGGUAAAAGGCGGCGCGGUGCUUGACCGCGUUAGCCUCGCCGGUCGGAGCCGGCUCCUGGUAGGCCGCGCGCCGGGCUGCGACCUCUCCUUGGCUCAUCCGUGCGUGUCGCGGCACCACGCCGUGAUUCAGUGUCGGCCGCCACGGGGUUCCGCGGAAAGGGAAGAGCCCCUGGCGUCGGAGAGCCCCGAACCCGGCCUGUAUGUCUACGACCUGGACAGCGCCCACGGCACCUUCCUCAACAAAGCGAGGGUCCCUCCCCGCACCUACUGUCGCGUCCGAGUGGGUCACGUCUUGCGUUUUGGGGGCAGCAGCCGCCUUUUCAUCUUGCAGGGCCCAGAGGAGGAUCAAGAGCCAGAAUCGGAACUGACUGUAACACAACUGAAAGAACUGCGUAAGCAGCAACAGGCCAAGUUAGAAAAAAUUAUGCUGGGUGAUGAUUCUGAUGAGGAACAUAAGGAAAUUGAAAUAAAGAAAAGUGAAAAUAGUCGGAGUAAUUUCAGCUGUUCCUGGGGAAUGGGGGAAGAUGCAGAGGAAGAAGAGGGUGAAGAAAAUCCAAUUGCUAUUGAGUUUCAAGAGGAUCAAGAAGCCUUUUAUUUGAAAGAUCCCAAAAAGGCAUUGCAAGGGUUUUUUGAUAGAGAAGGUGAAGAAUUGGAGUAUGAAUUUGAUUCUCAUGGAACAGGCACCUGGCUUUGUAGGGUGAAGCUGCCUAUAGAUGAUGCCUCAGGAAAACAGCUUGUUGCAGAAGCUAUUCAUUCAGGGAAGAAAAAAGAAGCAAUGAUCCAGUGUUCAUUGGAAGCCUGCAGAAUAUUGGAUGCUAGGGGUGUGUUGAGACAAGAGGCAGUGUCCCGGAAAAGAAAAGCAAAGAAUUGGGAAGAAGAAGACUUCUACGAUAGUGAUGAUGACAUAUUCCUUGAUCGGACAGGAGUUAUUGAACAGAAACGACUCAAUAGAAUGAAGAAAGCUGGAAAGAUAGAUGAAAAACCAGAAACACAUGAUUCAUUGGUUGCAAAACUACAUGCAGCUGAGAGAGAGCUCUCUGAGAUAGCAGAGAAGCUGAAAUCUUCAAAGACAACACAAUCCCAUUCAGCAACUCAGGAUUCACUGGAUGAAUUCAUGACAGAAAUCAAGUCAGGGUGUUCGGUAGACAGUGUGACACGUAAAAAACUUCAUUUGAGAACCUUUGAACUGAGGAAGGAACAGCAGCGAUUGAAAGGAUUAAUUAAGAUUGUUACCCCAGCAUCCAUGCCAGAGCUAAAGUCCCAGCUUCAAAGUCAAAAUCUGGAAUCUCAAAGUAAGCCCAAAAAGCUAACUUUACCCCUAUUUGGUGCCAUGAAAGGGGGAAGCAAAUUCAAACUAAAAACAGGGACCGUAGGGAAGCUGCCCAUGAAACGUCCAGAUAUACCAGUAAACCUAUUAAAGAUGAAAGAUGAGGGGCCAGAAGAGGAGGAGGAGGAGGAGGAGGAGGAAGAUGAUGUAAACAGCAGUGUAAAUCAAAGCUCACAGAACACAAAGAUGGAAAUGGUUAAAGGAGGGAAUCUCCUCUCCAGUUCUUAUUCACCCAGAAGUCAAAGACUUAAGUCCCAGUCUGAGUCUUCAAGCAAGCAUACAAGCCCAUUAGCUCAUAAUUCCCCAGUGAAUGAAAUGCAGAUAAAACUAGAAGCAUCUGAGAUGCCAGCAGAAAAGCCAAAGAACCAGAAAGAUAGCAAUAAACCUAAGAUUCAACAUUCAUUAUCCUCAAACUAUCCAGAAGAUGAUCCAGAUUACUGUGUAUGGGUACCACCUGAAGGUCAAAGUGGUGAUGGCAGAACACAUCUGAAUGCUAAAUAUGGCUACUAAAUUAUGCUGAAAAGUAAAAAAGUAUGGCCAGCAACUGAUAACUGGUAAAAUAUGCCAUUGAAAUGACAAGCAACAAUUUUUGUUCAUUUUCUUUAAACAACUGUUUAAUGAUUCCUGAUCCUUACUUAAGGAGGUUUUUCCCCUAGAAGUGAAUGUGUGUAUAAUGUGCAUCAUAAUGUAUAUAGUGGUGAUAAUUAAGAAUUUACAGGUAACAUAGAUAUAGCAAUGUUGGUUUUAUAAAAACUUUUUUAAAAUGCUUGUUUUUAUUUCUUUAACAUUAUUUCUUGAUGUAAAAGGGGUAAAGGAAUUAGUAAAUUAUUUCUUAAUGUAACAGAAUUAGUUUUAGAUUUCUUAUUAGUCAAUAGUAAAUAUGUGUGCUAAGGGCUAUUUCAAUACUCUGAUGCUUGGGUUGGUUACCAAAAUGUUUUCUGCCUGUCCAUGUACAUAUUUUCACAAAAUACAAUUGCCGGUGGCCCUCUCCAGGUGGAGCUGCUGAAACUUAGGCUAAUUUUUAUCCUUCCUUUCUGUUGCAGUCUUUUCUGUAAAGAUUCUUUGUUGUUGUUUUUCUUUUGUCCCUCUACAAGAAGGUGAAAUACCAACACAUUCAUAUCUUGGCCAGUAGUAGAUUAGUAUUAAUGUGGGUGGGAAAGUGUGUUAAUCUUUGGCAGUUCCUGAAAGAAUGUUAAACAUCUAACACUGGAUAGUUGAGAGUUAAAGCUAAGGUAUGGAAGUACUAUGAAUUAGUACUGAAUAGUAUAUCUGAAAUUUUUUGGAUAAGCCAGAGAAAAAAGCAAUUAUCCUUGAUCUGGACCAGGUUUUACUUCACAAUUUCUGCACUUAGGUUGUAUCAUGUUCCAUAUGAGAAAAGAAUAGAAAUUGCAUUUAAAAGGAAAAAAACAAACUAGAGGCAUACAAUAAUCUUACCUACUAUGUAAACAUAUUAGUUAUGAGAAUGGAACCAGUUCAGGAGAGGAGAGGGGGAAGCACUGGAAAAUGUUUACUAGUUUCAAUUUUCUUUUGAUGGUAAAAUAAAGCCUAUAGUUUUGAAGCCUUACAUUAAUGGAUUUACUGUCAAGUAGGAAUGUGAGAAUUGCACAAUUCAUAGACUGAAAGGAGUACUGAGUUCAUAAUUACGGUCCUGAAGUUAGCCUAAUUCCAUAAAUUAUGGAUGAAUGAAAGGAUAUGUGAUUGGGCCUUAGAAAUACCCUAAACCCCAUAUUCUGGGUCCUUUAUCUAAGGCAUAAGAAUCUACUUCCGUUUUGAUCCAUCUGUAACAUUCACAUACUAAUAACCAUUUCUCUUAUAGCUAAAAGAUUUUGAGAGAUAUUUAUUUUACAUUUAUGCAAAACCCAGCUUUUGGAAUUAUAUGGCCCAGAGGGAAGUUUAUUUCUAAGAUCUCCAGUGUGGCUCCUUUAAGGAUCAGGGUCCCAAUAAUUUUAAUUUUUUUAAAAAAUGGAAAUGAGCAUGCCACAAAGUAAAGUACAUUCCUCUGAAAUUCCUAAAAAAGAAACGUGGCUAGUGGCAAUUCAUGCUUUGGGGAGCUUUGCUCAUUUCCCUACAAAGUUAAGUUUGGGAUAUAGGAAAUAUCCUGGAGGAAAUAAAUCAAGCAGCAACUUCAAAAGUUGAAAGCAAAAUAAAUAAAAGUUUUCCUUCUACUAAGUGGGAAGUUUAGACCCUUUUUAUCCAAUAUAGUAGCAGUUUGAAAAUAAUUAAGCCUCAUGAAAUCUGUCAUUUAUGAGGGCUCCUGAAAUUUCAAAUGUCCAAAAUGGUUGGUGAUUCCUGGUUUAUCAAAUAUUUCGUCUUGUUUAGAGAUAAACUACCAUCUUUCUAGAGCAGAAUUAGUAAAAUUGUAAAAUUAUAGGGUUUUUUUUUUUUAGCCAUUGCUGUAAUUUAAAAUUCUCCAACAGUUGAUCCAUUUCUGUCACACGUUUGUGACUACUUUAGGGGCGGGAGGGAGGGUAUUAAGCUGUGAGUGCUCUCAAAGUUAGCUUAAAAAAAAACCAGAUUUUCACUAUUGGGCAUACCAUGUCCAGGCUGCAAAAUAUGGAAGGCCAUAGAUGGCAGAAAAAUGACUUAGUGAUACAGAAGUCCCUCUGCUGCCAUAUAAUGACCACUUAGAUUUUUACAACCUGGAAACAUGCCAAAGAUAUCCUUCCAGUGUUCCUCCUAUAUAUUAAAUACAAAUGAUAGGAAAUCUUUUUUUAAAAAAAUCCAAGUGAUCACUCUUUAUUUCUUCCCCUCCCUUUUCUCUCAUGCCAGAAGGCACAGAAAGAUUUAUUAAGGCCUGCACAUGGGUGGAAGCUGUGAGGGUAUUCUAGAUAAUUCUGUCUGCUGUUCUUUGUUCCACAUUACAGAAAGCUCUUGUCUAUGUUCUCCUUUAGUCUUGUGUGACAUAAACUUGCCUCCGCAAGCCAUAAUUGUGGCCAGACUCUCUGUGUGACCACAAGAGUUAAAUGAAAAGAGGAAAUUCCUGAUUGCUUAUAGUUUAGCUCUGCACAGUUUUACACAGCAGCUUCAUACAUUAAUAUGGAAAUACAAGCCAGCUGAACGGGGCAGGAAUAAUAAGGUACAGCACAGUGACUGUGCUGUACCUUAUUUAAGGUUAACCUAGUAAUAGGGCCAAUCCUCAAAUUAAUCCAGACAGCAAUUCCGCUGGAUCAAACCAUACCCAAUCAUCUCCUCCAGACUUUACUGGACAAAAUGUUUCCAAAUAAUCCAGGAAUGUGAAAAAUGGUGAAUUGGGGUAGCUUGUUAUUUAAAUCAUUAUAGAGGCAAUUGUUGUGGGAAAGGAGAUGCUGCUCAAUAGUUGAAAGAUUUGAGACUUUUAAAAAAUAGGGAAAACCAGCCAAGUGUCUUUUAAGAUGGCAGAGUGGAUUGGCAGUUAAGUCAAAUGUGUCUGCUUAGAAGUGCUUUAAGUUUCUAAUGUAGAUGGUAAAUAAUUAUUCAUAUUUUAUUAAAGUAUAAAAUACAAAUGAAAAGAGUGGAAAAUGGGGGAGGGAAAAAGAUAAAGGGGUGAAAAAAGAAAGAAAAACAUAGAUUUCCGACAUUUUUAACUCAAUAAAAUUACAUAACAGUCUCAACUUUUUAUUUUUACAUAAUAUGUAUUAGCAUUUCUAUAACAACAAACCUAGCUAAUCAACAAAGUCAAUGUUUCAUUUUUUUUCACCUCAAGCACAAAAUUCAUAAGUGGUUUCCAGGUAGAAAUAAAGUUGGAUGUGUUCGUUUCCUUGAUUAGAGCAGUUAAUUUAGCCAUCUCUGCUAGUCCCGUCAGUAUUUCCAGCCAUUCAUCCAUUGUGGAAAUCAAAGUAUCUUUCCAUUUUUGUGCAUACUGGUAAAAUAAUUGUUAAGACCUAUUAGACCUAUUAAUGCUCUGCUAUAAAAUAAAAGGCUAAUCAGCUACUAAA